AUGCAUAGCGAGGAAGGAGAGAAUAACCACGAAGGUGAUUCGCUUGCUAACCAACCAGAGGUCCAUCCUCGCCGUGGGGUGCGUAGACGGCAUGUUGAAAACCCCCCAGCUCCUACCUUAUCUAUGGGUCCAUCUACAAUACUAGACCCUCCAGCAGCACAUGUGCCUCGUCUCUGCGUCUGUAACAAUGUUCCAUUCAAUCCCCGAGAACGUGAUAACGACAUUGGUGUCCACACACGUCGUGCUCGCCCCGUGGACUCACGGAAAAGGGCUCGUCACUCUUAA